AUGGCUUUUAAUGCAGUUCUUGAAGAGAAAUAUAUGAUAUUUUGGAAAAUUAUAAAUAUAGGCUUGAGGAUAGAAAAGGGAGAAUUAUUUUGGAUAGAAAAAGAAGGGCAGAAUAUAGAGAAAAAGGAAAAAAUGGCAGAAAUAGAAUAAAUUGUGAAAGAAAGAAUUUACGAUGGGUAUUUAGAUCAAUGAAGGCAAAUAACCGAGAUUUAGAUGAAAAGUUAGAGGAAAAUGAAUGUGGGAAACGGAAGAGAGACAAUCGGAGAAAAUCUGAAAAGUUUACGACGAUGAAAAAUGAUAUUUUUAGCGAGGAAAUAAAUUUUGAUGUAUCUUCUCAUGUUAUGCACGAUGCAGAUAGAGAUUUGGGAAAGCAGAUAGGAGCUGUCAUUGUUGGUGAAAAUAAGAGAAGUGAUGAGUUAUUAAAUGAAAAGCUAAAGAAGUCUGCUUUGUCUACGAAGUCUGAAAAAUGCUCAAUUCAUAAUAAUGAUUUUGAGUCGCCGGAUACGUGCAAGGUUUGUAUAUUACAAUAA